AUGGCUGCUGCCUUUCGCCAGCCCGAGGAGGCGGUCGAUGACACCGAGUUCGUCGAUGAUCACCAUGAGCACCUCAGAGACUCCGUCCACCGCCGGCUACGGGCCAACUCCGCCAUCAUGCAAUUCCAAAAGAUCCUCGUCGCUAACCGUGGCGAAAUUCCCAUCCGUAUCUUCCGUACCGCCCACGAACUUUCCCUGCAGACCGUUGCCAUCUACUCCUAUGAGGAUCGUCUGUCCAUGCACCGUCAGAAGGCCGACGAGGCCUACAUGAUCGGUCGUCGCGGUCAAUAUACCCCCGUCGGUGCCUACUUGGCCAUCGAUGAGAUCGUCAAGAUUGCUCAGGAGCACGGUGUGCACCUGAUUCACCCCGGUUACGGCUUCUUGUCUGAGAAUGCCGAGUUUGCUCGGAAGGUCGAGCAGGCCGGUAUUGUCUUCGUGGGCCCCACCCCGGAGACCAUCGACAGCCUCGGCGACAAGGUCUCUGCCCGUCAAUUGGCCAUCAAGUGCGGCGUUCCCGUGGUCCCCGGCACGCCCGGUCCCGUGGAGCGCUACGAAGAGGUCAAGGCCUUCACCGACACCUAUGGCUUCCCCAUCAUUAUCAAGGCCGCCUUCGGUGGUGGCGGUCGUGGUAUGCGUGUCGUCCGCGACCAGGCCGAUCUGCGUGAUUCCUUUGAGCGUGCUACCUCCGAGGCCCGCUCCGCCUUUGGUAACGGUACCGUCUUCGUUGAGCGUUUCCUCGACCGCCCCAAGCACAUCGAAGUCCAGCUUCUCGGUGACAACCACGGUAACGUCAUCCACCUGUUCGAGCGUGACUGCUCCGUCCAGCGCCGUCACCAGAAGGUCGUCGAGAUCGCUCCCGCCAAAGAUCUGCCCACCGAUGUGCGUGACCGCCUGUUGGCCGACGCUGUGAAGCUGGCCAAGUCGGUCAACUACCGCAACGCCGGUACCGCCGAGUUCUUGGUUGACCAGCAGAACCGCUACUACUUCAUCGAGAUCAACCCUCGUAUUCAGGUUGAGCACACCAUCACCGAAGAAAUCACCGGCAUUGAUAUCGUCGCUGCUCAGAUCCAGAUCGCCGCCGGUGCUACUCUGGAGCAGCUGGGCCUGACCCAGGACCGCAUCUCCACCCGCGGUUUCGCCAUCCAGUGCCGUAUCACCACUGAAGACCCGGCCAACGGCUUCUCGCCCGAUACCGGGAAGAUCGAAGUCUACCGUUCCGCUGGUGGUAACGGCGUUCGCCUGGACGGUGGUAACGGUUUCGCUGGUGCCAUCAUCACCCCUCACUAUGACUCCAUGCUGGUCAAGUGUACCUGCCGUGGUUCCACAUACGAGAUUGCCCGCCGCAAGGUCGUGCGUGCCCUGGUUGAAUUCCGUAUUCGCGGUGUCAAGACCAACAUUCCUUUCCUCACCUCCCUGCUGAGCCACCCCACCUUCAUCGACGGCACGUGCUGGACCACCUUCAUCGAUGACACUCCCGAGCUGUUCGCUCUUGUCGGCAGUCAGAACCGUGCUCAGAAGCUUCUUGCCUACCUGGGUGAUGUCGCCGUUAACGGCAGCAGCAUCAAGGGUCAGAUCGGUGAGCCCAAGCUCAAGGGCGAUAUCAUCAAGCCUACCCUGCUGGAUGCCGCCGGCAAGCCGAUUGACGUGAGCGUCCCCUGCACCCAGGGUUGGAAGCAGAUCCUUGACCGCGAAGGUCCCGCUGCGUUUGCCAAGGCUGUCCGUGCCAACAAGGGCUGCUUGAUCAUGGACACCACCUGGCGUGAUGCCCAUCAGUCGCUGUUGGCUACUCGUGUCCGCACGAUCGACCUGCUGAACAUCGCCAAGGAGACCAGCUACGCGUACGCCAACGCCUACAGUCUGGAAUGCUGGGGUGGUGCUACCUUCGACGUCGCCAUGCGCUUUCUCUACGAGGACCCCUGGGACCGUCUGCGCAAGCUGCGCAAGGCCGUGCCCAACAUCCCCUUCCAGAUGCUGCUCCGUGGCGCCAACGGUGUCGCCUACUCAUCUCUUCCCGACAACGCCAUCUACCACUUCUGCAAGCAGGCCAAGAAGUGCGGUGUUGACAUCUUCCGUGUCUUCGAUGCUCUCAACGAUGUUGACCAGCUCGAGGUCGGUAUCAAGGCUGUGCAGGCCGCCGAGGGUGUCGUCGAGGCUACCAUCUGCUACAGCGGAGACAUGCUGAACCCCAACAAGAAGUACAACCUCGAGUACUACCUGGCGUUGGUGGACAAGAUUGUCAAGUUCAACCCUCACGUCCUUGGUAUCAAGGAUAUGGCCGGUGUGCUCAAGCCCCAGGCCGCGCGCCUGCUGGUUGGCUCCAUCCGUGAGCGCUACCCCGACCUUCCCAUCCACGUCCACACCCACGACUCUGCCGGUACCGGUGUGGCCUCUAUGAUUGCCUGCGCUCAGGCUGGUGCUGACGCCGUCGACGCUGCCACCGACAGCUUGUCCGGUAUGACCUCUCAGCCCAGCGUUGGUGCCAUCCUUGCCUCUCUCGAGGGCACCGAGCACGACCCCAAGCUCAACCUGGCCCACGUGCGUGCCAUUGACUCCUAUUGGGCACAGCUGCGUUUGCUGUACUCGCCCUUCGAGGCUGGUCUGACCGGUCCCGACCCUGAGGUCUACGAGCACGAAAUCCCUGGUGGUCAGCUGACCAACCUGAUCUUCCAGGCCAGUCAACUCGGCCUGGGUCAGCAGUGGGCCGAGACCAAGAAGGCCUACGAGGCCGCCAACGACCUGCUUGGCGACAUUGUCAAGGUCACUCCCACCUCCAAGGUUGUCGGUGACCUGGCUCAGUUCAUGGUCUCCAACAAGCUGACUCCCGAGGACGUUGUCGCCCGUGCUGGCGAGCUGGAUUUCCCCGGCUCUGUCCUCGAGUUCCUCGAAGGUCUCAUGGGCCAGCCCUUCGGUGGCUUCCCUGAGCCUCUGCGCUCCAAGGCUCUGCGUGACCGCCGCAAGCUCGACAAGCGCCCCGGUCUCUAUCUGGAGCCUAUUGACCUGGCCAAGAUCAAGAACCAGAUUCGGGAGAAGUAUGGCUCAGCCACGGAGUACGAUGUGGCCAGUUACGCCAUGUACCCCAAGGUCUUUGAGGACUACAAGAAGUUUGUGCAGAAGUAUGGUGAUCUGUCCGUCCUGCCUACCCGCUACUUCUUGGCCAAGCCCGAGAUCGGCGAGGAAUUCCACGUCGAGCUGGAGAAGGGUAAGAUCCUGAUCCUCAAGUUGCUGGCUAUCGGUCCCCUGUCCGAGCAGACCGGUCAGCGUGAAGUCUUCUACGAGGUCAACGGUGAGGUCCGUCAGGUAGCCGUUGACGACAACAAGGCCUCCGUCGACAACACCGCCCGCCCGAAGGCCGACAUUGGCGACAGCAGCCAGGUCGGUGCUCCCAUGAGCGGUGUCGUCGUCGAAAUCCGUGUCCACGAGGGCUCAGAGGUCAAGAAGGGUGACCCCGUUGCCGUUCUGAGCGCCAUGAAGAUGGAAAUGGUUAUCUCUGCUCCUCACAGCGGAAAGGUCUCCGGCCUGCUCGUCAAGGAGGGCGAUUCCGUCGAUGGCCAGGACCUCAUCUGUAAGAUCGUCAAGGCGUAG